GUCGACCCUCAAGGCUAAUCAGGCUUCACAGCCUUACAGUAUCCCCGCAUGUCCCCCACUCAGCCCCACCCCCAACGCCGCCGCGAUGGCUGCUCCGAAUGCCGAAGGAAGAAAGUCAAGUGCGAUCUACGCAAGCCCGUCUGCUCCCGGUGCGCCCGGUACCCAAAAGGGUGUAUCUAUACCUUGAGCGUUAGCUUCGUCAGCCCGAAAUCGAGACCCGCCAAGACUCCCGAUCCCAUCGACUUGUCCAUCUUGGCCAACCAGCCAUGCCUGACACUCUCCCCGUUUCUCUCCUCUACAGAAUCCAAGUUCUUCAUGCACGUUCUUGCCACCCAGACGGCUCCAGUUUUCUUUCCGGCUGCCCCGAAGCUAUUCGUCGAUAGACUAAUCAGCGCAGCCCUCGACACGCCGCAUCUCCUAUAUGCCCUGCUGGCCUCGGCCUGCAGCCACCAUGGGCGCUUAAUCGGUGACAGCACAGGCACGUCGAGAACUGCUUGUCUGAAGUUUACCAACCGAGCUAUCUCCGGGCUCAAUUCAGCCCUGAAUGAGCCAACCCAGAUGCUGCAGCCCGAGACCGCCAUGACGGCCAUGACGCUGUGCACCAACGACGUCUGCAACGGCAACAUGCAUGUCUGGCGGAUGCACCUGGCCGGCGUUAUGCGGCUUCUCACGGCCUUUCUGGAGCAGCCUUUUAACAUGGCUGACUCUUUCACCCUCUGUCUGGUCAAGUGGUUCACCACGCUGGACGUGUUGGCCGGACUAUCCAGUUCGUCUAGCAUCACCCACGGGCUAUUAGAGCAUUUUGUCGAGGCUUUUCCAAGUGAAGUCGACGAUAUCUGCGGGUAUUCGUUGGAACUGGUGCCUGUAUUGACACGCAUCGGCCAACUAGCUCACCAGACAGAUAUCCUCUCACAUCAAAACGUGCAAGAAGCGGAAAUGCUCGACCUCACCCUGCGCUUGCUAUUGGACCGAACCGUCCCAUCCAGCACACUCACCACACACGGCCCGGAACUCGUCCACGAGCUCCACCACACCCACCUAGCCUUUGUACACUGCGCUCUCCUCCACCUCCACCGCCGCGUCCAAGGAUUACCCCGUGACCAUCCGGCCGUGCGCGACGAUAUUCAGAACAUUCUCACCGCAAUCCAGCACAUACGACCGUUCUCGCAAGCCAACAUCCUCAUUCUAUGGCCCGUCUUUAGUGCCGGAUGCGAGACCACUGUUACCGCGGAACGGGAUCUUAUCCACACGCGAAUGACCAAUAUGCGCAGUUUGGGGAUGGGUAAUUUUACGCGCGCACGCGACAUGCUCGAGGUGUUUUGGGCUUCUGAGAGUCCGCUGCCGUGGGAUGCGUAUUUUGCACAGCAGGGCCUUGAGCUGGUUUUGUUCUGAGGAAUUUCGAUUUCCUCCUUCCCGAAUGAUGGGGCGUAGGCCGCCCUCAUCGCGGCCGAUAGCUGGGAGGCGCUGCAGCUGUUACCUCCGCGGCAUCGGUGGCCCCGCGGGAGGAAUUCCCCGUGACGGCCCCCGACACAAUCUUUAUGGGCACCCCUGCCAUCGGCUGGUUGAUCCUCCUCCUGGGCGCUCCCCAGUGACAACCCGUUAGAGAACCCGGCAGGUUUUCUGCAGGGCUUUGCAGAGGCCGUCCUAGGGACCGGGGAUGCGUUGGCCCCGAAGGACCCCGUGGCCGCUGAAGGGAUCGAUGUCCUGUUGGAUGUGUGUGAGGGGCUCUAGAUCGUCACCGCCCUGCUGGGGUACACCCCGAUCUAUGAAAAGUUGGCCGGGCCACGGCCGCCGUCCUCGACAUGCUCCUCCUUGU